GAGUAGCCUUGCUACAGUGCCUCUGGGUCCCUCCCGCUUCACCGGCGCUGAAUGGAGAGAAGGGGUUAAGGAGAGGGGGAGGGGGACUUGACAGCAAACCAACAGAGGGGCGUAUAAAAACACUUAAGAACCCGCUGCGACUGAAAACAGCAUGUAGUAGCGUGGGUCGACUGCCGUUUGGUUGACUGUUUAGACACCGCGAGGGAGGGAAAGGCACUACAACGUCUAGGUUUUAAUCAGCAUGUAUGUAUUCCCGAUUGGAUGGAUAAAAGAUUGUGCGUGAAAAACUUCACAAAGUAGCAUGGACUUUUUGGGGAGCCAUUCCCCUGCACACUUUGACGGUUUGUGUGCGGAAGGUUGCCACCUCAGCUGGUGUAGCCCCCGUAGAAAUUGAUUCUGACGUAUCUGGAUAUUGCUAGCCCAGGUAAUGAAUACGGGAGAAUGUAUCCAAACCCGGGAGUGGUGCGUUCCACAAAUGAGAAAGAAGCGAACCAAAGGGUUUGAAUUGUAGGCGACGGUAGGGUAUUGUGGUGAAUAGUGCAGAAUGUGGUGGGGGCAACACGAAACUGGAAGAAGGUUGCACGUCUGUUGACCGUGGAUAGGAAUCCACCUGGAGUGCAACAACCGAUACACGCUUAUAACGAAAAAGAGUCGUGGUUAUUUCAUUACACUGACGGCCACUCUUGGAAGAAUAACGUUAGAGAUCCACACCAACGUAGAAACGAGGAUAUCUUUCAUUUGGUUUAAACUUGGACACCAAAGAAAAACUCUGGGAAUGGACCAUUAACUUUGCCUUAACUUGAUUCUUUCAACGCUUCAACUCGAACACAAUUGUGUCACAUUUGGAGAAAAAAAAAACUGUUGGUCGAGGUUUACCUAAUGUCAUUCAAAAGCAACAAAUCAACAACAAAUCACAACGAAUCGCCGCGUCCCAAACUGUAUGUUUUGAACAAUCUAAUUUAUCCGAUUCCUCUAUUCUCCAACGCCCCCCUUUCCCUUUAAAAUUGUAAUUCUGAAUCCCGAAGUGGCUUCUAAGUGGUGUUGCGGCUCCUCGUCCGCGGCGGAUCCGGAGCUCGGAGUGUCUGCAGCGGGAGGACCCCCUGCCACAACGCAGGGACCGAAGACCGGUCGGGUGAAAAGAAUGGUUCGAUUGGCUGCAGAACUCUUGUUGCUUUUAGGGCUUCUUAUUCUAACCUUGCAUAUCACGGUUUUGCGGAGCAGUCCACUUCAUCAAGGGAAUUUAACUUUAGACGAGGACCGGGAUGCGCUGCUCGCAGAGAAUAAUGUCAGAUCCGAGAGCAGUUCAUCAGCCCAACAGGUUCCGGGCGGGGGUCGUAGAGACCCGGAGCACCGGCCAGCCAAGCGGCCUGCGGUCCUCCCCUGGGCCCAGAGUCAGGGCCCCGGAGGCAGCCUGCAAAGGUCCCGCCCAGGGACAUUUCUUCUGGACCUUCACAACAUCCCGGACCUUUCCAACGCUGACAUGAACAGACAAAACCCCAACAUACAGGUGACCAUUGAGGUGGUAGAUGGCCUGGAGGGGGCGGAGCCUGGUAUGGAUGGGGCGGAGCCUGAGAAAGGCCUGAAAAAGGAGAACAAGCCAGGAUGGGCCACACCCAACUGGAGGAACUGGUGGCAACACUCCUCCUCCGUCUCAACCCGUCCCCAGGAGCAGGCUAGGGAGGAGCAGCCCUCCUACGGAGGAGCAGGAGGCAGCAACCAUGAGGACAGUAAUUUCCUAAAACCACAAGGGGAUUGGGAGCGGAGAGGAGGUGCAGGAGAAGGAGGUGUGAGCCAGGCUCAGGCUGAAUAUGACUACAUGGAUGGUGAUGGGGACUGGAGUAACUGGUCUCCCUGCAGUGUAACCUGUGACCAUGGGAACCAGAAGCGGACCAGAUCGUGUGGUUACGCCUGCACCGCCACCGAGUCACGGACCUGUGACAUGCCACCCUGCCCAGGUAUCGAAGAUGCGUUCAAGACUGCGGCCACUGAAGUCAGCCUGCUGGCUGGUACGGAUGGGUUCAACGCUACAGAACUCUUUGGUGUCGACACCGACAGCUGUGAGCGCUGGAUGAACUGUAAGUCUGACUUCCUGAAGAAGUACAUGAUCAAAGUCUCCAACGACCUACCCAGCUGCCCCUGUUCCUACCCCACUGAGGUAGCCUACAGCACGGCCGACGUCCACGACCCUGCCACCCGCCGGGACUUCCGCUGGAAGGACGCCAGCGGCCCCAAGGAGAAGCUGGACAUCUACAAGCCCACGGCGCGGUACUGCAUCCACUCCAUGCUAACGCUGGAGUCCACCACUCUGGCCGCUCAGCACUGCUGCUAUGAUGACGGCAUGAAGCUCAUCACCCGCGGGAAAGGAGCGGGCACGCCUAACCUCAUCAGCACCGAGUUCUCCGCCGACCUGCACUACAAGGUGGACAUCCUGCCCUGGAUCAUCUGCAAGGGCGACUGGAGUCGCUACAACCAGGCCAGGCCGCCCAACAACGGGCAGAGGUGUGCCGACAACCCGCCCGAUGGGGACUACCUCAAACAAGUGGAGGAGGCAAGGGAGUUUUAGACCCGGGGAGUGAAAAGGGAAUACCCAACACUAUCUGAACACUGUGUUGUGUUUCAUUUCUUCAAUCUGGUUGAUAAAUUGGUGCCCCAGUCAUCAAUUGUUUGUUUUUUCUUGUUUUGAGGCAAACGUAAGGGCUUGGAUUACAUGAAGGCAGGACUGAACAGGACUGCCUGGACGUUAAAGCCUAUUUAUGAUAAGAAGAACAAGGCAGGGAGACAAGGAACGUUUCUAUUCCUUAACCCCCUCCCCAGACUAGUUGAGUCUCUACGGUUCUCAUGGAAGAUGUACCUCAAAUCAAAUGAUAUUCAAUCUGCAUGAUGGAUUUAUGAUGCCAAUAUGUUGUCUGAUGAUUGUUUGGCUUUAAAGUGAGAGCUCAGCGUAGCAUCAUAAAAAGGGAAACUAAUUUCAUUUUUAGGAUUUGUGUACAAUGGGUUUCUGAAUGGUCAGUUGGUGGUGUCAGCUCACAUCCUGAAUGUGCCAAACACCCCAUUUAACAUUAAUAUUAAAUGUCAGUUGCAGUCAAAAAAACAUGACUUUACUUUAUCUAUUUGUGUUCUCAUACCAUAAGGUCAAAAUAAUACUCUGAAAUGUAUUCCUGUUUAGGUGGAAUGGGGCCUUUGUCCUUGUAUGUGAAUACAGAAAUGUGAUCUGAUUAGAAGAUGGAACAUGGUUUUUGGACAAUCCUAUCAGCUAAUUCAGGCUGUGUAUGUAAUUCCUUUCAAAUUUGUUUCCUAACACCCACUAGUUCCAACAGCAUUUCAUAGGCCACUGAAGGCUCAGGGAAAUGUGUUUAAGGAUGAACACAGGAUUAGUCAGUACAACAGUGGUGAUUUAAACAGCACGACAAAGACUAGGGAGGAAUCACACACACGUGUCAUAUCUUAAUUUGAAAGUACAAAGCUUUUGCACACCUGCAAAUCUUAAUUUGAGGCGUUUUCACAUAGCAAGAAUAUACCCCUGCAGCAAAGAGGGAAACAUGAACAAUGAUGUGGGUUAUAAUGAAUUAGCAUUUUCUGUUAGAGGACCUCAAGCGUAAACCAUGAAUGCAAGUAUUGUAUUUCCGGCUAUGUGGAAAAAUCCCUGAAACAACAGGAUGACCAGAUUAAGAUAUGGCAACUAAUAAGUAAUCCCCUUUUGCACCGGAAAACUGAAAAGGUGUCGUUCAACCAAAUGCAGUCACCUAAAAUGGCUGCGGUCAAGACCAGCUUUAACCCUUCAUCUGGUGCUGGGCAGCUGCUCUGGGUCGUGAUAUUCAGGGUCACGUUUUUAGUCUCACAUGUAUGCUUAUAAACGUGUUAUAUCUGAUUAUUAAGAACAACCUAGUAAACUCUCCAUCCUGUUGAUUCCUCCCUGUGGUUUAGAUCUGUCUCUCAUUUGUAAAAAUCCUGCAUUAUUUUUGUAAAGUAUUUAUUAAGUUGUAGCUUCCUGUCCCAGCGUUGGUCAACCGUGACGGUGGUGGCAGAUUGGUUAAGGCUGAGUGCUAACUUCAGGUCGAUGAAUAAAUGAUUUGCAGCAAAACAUUUUUGUUAGGAUAGCGUCCAAACCAGUCAAUAAAAAGGAAAGGGAUUUUUGUGCUAUAAAUGUUUUUAACUAAUAAAGAACACAAAGUAA